UCGAUCGGGGAGAUCGUAGCGACAGUCACGCGAAGAGCGUUGGCUAAUUUCGAAUGAUGGCGAAUCUGUUGGUAUCAUUUGUGAUACUUGUAUCUAUAGUUCACGGAAAUACUCAAGAUGUCGACAUCACCGCCUUGAACAUUUUCGACGCCCUGUCGUCCACUUUGAACUGCGGACAGUUCAAGAACCUGAUAAUUGCAAGUGGUCUGCAAGUACAGGACUUCUUCAAGUUGAGCCAGUCGCUGACCCUGUUUGCUCAGAAUGACACUGCGUUCGAACAGAUGCUUCCCGACAAGAGACAGAAGCUGUUUAGUAUGACAGCCACUGAGAAGUCAGACUACGUCAAGUCAUACACAUUAACCAAAGUCUUGCAGACAUCCAGCAUGAACAAUAAUCUAAUCGAGAAAAGUCAAGGCGCACUGGGAAAUACCAACAUAUUCUUCUACAAGAGAGAAAGACGGCGGGACAAUAUAGUCAGCGGGUUAGCUGGUCGGACGGAAUAUUACGCCAAUGGAGCUCUGAUCUACAAACCAGAUGUCCGUGCACAGAACGGAAUUGUUCACAUAAUCGACCGUGUCCUUGACCCCAUUGUGCCCUAUGGAGUGUAUGGCUACAUUCAGAGGCCAGAAAUUCUGCAGCCUGCUUUGAAGAUGAAGUUCUUCACGGAAGUGACUGAGUAUGUUCGUGGAGAUUACUACAACCAGGCCAUAAGCCCACUGACUACUAGCGUCCGCUUCACCAUGUUUGUCCCGACCGACGAAGCCAUCGACAAAAUACCCAAAGAAAAACUGGAUGAACUCCGCGGAAAACAGCCUCAGCUGGCCGCUGUGAUCAAGCAGCAUGCAAUCCCUAACCUGGCGGUCUACACGUCCUUCGUGAACCACAACGAGGGCUUCCAGUGUUUAGAUGGGAGGGCAGUCUUCAAGAAGAACAUCCGAGAGUCUGUGUAUGUGAGCGCAGGUGGCGUCAACGCCCAGAUCACCAAGGGCAACCUCACUCUGUCCAAUGGCGUCAUCCACUUCGUCGACAGUCUGCUGGGCUAUGUCUACAACACAGCUCGGGAACAGAUCCAGCUGGACCCAUCUAUCAGCCAGUUCCGUCAAGUUCUUGACAGAAGUCGAAAGGAAUUACAGGAUUUCCUGGUCACCACUAGUGGGGUUACCGUGUUUGUGCCGAUGAACGACGCUUUCACCAAUCUCCAAAACCUGCAUGGCGUGGACUUCUUCAACAACCAGACUCUUAUCAAUUAUGUGGUGGAGCUAAACAUGUUGGAACCAGGCCUGGAGUUUGCCAUCACCAACGUCAACGGAGACUACCAGGCCCGCAUUGAGACACCGUCCCAGUACCGGGGCUGGAACAUCAAGAUCUACAGCCAGGGCAACGACACAUGGGCUGAAGGCGGCUACGUGAAGACACGGGUGAUCAGACCUGACGUGGGCGUGACGAACGGCUUCGUACACUACGUUGAUGGCAUCUUUGGCGUCCCGUACCGAGACGUCCCUGGCUUAAUCUACUGUGAAGACUGGCUGAUAAAGUCAUCGUACAUAUUCAGCAUCACCGGCCUGAAUGAAUACCUGAAGGACGUCAACCUGAACAGGAUGCCCGCUUGCAGCUACAACACCAAGAGGAGUGACUACAACUACGCCGACCCCAGCCUCUUCAACAACAACCAGAAGGUCUACGGCACAAACCCCAACAGCGACAACCAGCCAUCAGCGUCCCCCCCGAUUAAACGUGGGGGUUGUGGGGAGAGCAACACCCUCUGUCAGUUCACAGUUUUCGUGCCGAACGGCACCACAAUAGACAACUUCGGGAACAGCUACUACGGAAGACAGUUAUUCCGGGACAACAAUCGACUCAGAUAUGUUUUACGGCGUCAUAUUGCACUAAAUCGUAAGAUCUACGUGGACCAACUCAGUCGAGGGACACACGUGUAUACAGCUGACACAGGGGAGGAGGUCCGCUUCAACAAGAUUGAUGACAAGAAUACUGAAGUUUAUUUCAUGAAUGCAAGGGCUCGAGUCAUCCACUCCGAUCUUGGAGCCACCAACGGUGUCAUUCACAUCGUUGAUGACUUCCUGUUUGUCAAUGAAGACAUGACAAGAGACAUUUCAGGUAGUUCCAAGAUGGCUGCCACUAGAACGACGACCUUAAUUAGUUUAAUUGUCUUGUUAUAUUCUGUUUGUUUGUGAAUAAUAAUUUGUUUUGUGAAUACUCUCUUGGUGCCAUUGUUUAUGACUGAAGAUUCCAGGUGUUACACGAUCUCAAGCAAUCUGUUUACAAUCAAGACAGGGGUUGUUGGAAAAGAGUCAAGCACUGCUUCUAUAUGCAUAUGCCCCAAAUGUUCAUGUAUGUUUUGGCAAUGUUGACAUAGAGUAUUGGUCUCGUUGUAAUUAAAGAUUGGUUCAGUGAUCUGGAGGAUAGAGCAUCUGCCAGAGAGCGGAAGGUCAAUGGUUGAAUACUGGUACUGUCUUGAGAAAAGAUGAUACUUAUUGUUGCUCUGCCUGGUGUUAACAGGAUACAGUAACUGGUGUGCUCAGGGUCACUAUACAGUGUCUGAGUAUUCAUGUGGAAAUGGAAAUUGGUAUCUCAAUAAUUCCUCUUUUAAAACUGGAACGAUUGUGUCUUGUCAUGAAAUUGAAAAAGUGAUGCAUGUUGGUCUGGUUCUGCCCAGAGUCGUUGUGCCUUGUUAUAAAAUUAGUCACAUUUAGCCAGAAUGGAACCACUGAUCCCUGGUUCUGGGUGCUGUAAAAACAACACACAAAACGAUCUUAGUGCUACAUUGAUCGUAAGUCUAUGCUUAACAAGGGGAGUUACGAUAACCUUAGCGCUACGAUCGCUUUGAAAAAUAGGCCCCGUCUUAUGAAAAGAUUGUACUUGUUGUUCGCCUGCUUGGAGUUGGGCAUUAGGGGAUUAAAUAUCUGGUCUCCUCGGUACCGCGUUAUUGUGGAAUAUUGCUGAAAAAGGCAUUAAACCUUACGCAGGUAGUGAAGUGAGGCUGUGUAGGAAUCAAAGGAAGACCGAAGUCAAAUAACUUCCCUCAAUUCAUGGAUUGAGUGUGGACCAUACCAUUGCCAGAUAUUGAAUCAAAGUGGAUGGUAGAGUUGAGUUGAGUUGGGCUUUACGUCACAUCGGCAUUAUUCCAGCCAUAUAGUGACGAGAACAAGUCUGCAUUAAUAUACAUUGAGGAGGGUAGAUGGUUGCAAAGGUCUGUUUUUAUUGUGCGGGUAUUCAUAUUAAGUUUGGGCAUGGCAUCUUAACAUUUCUCUUUGUAAAGAAACAGCUGUGUCUUGUCAUGAAAUUAAAAAAGGGAUGCAUGUUAAAGAAUUUUAUCUUUUUA